CGUAGACGCAUCAGUGCUGCUGUGGAGAGAACAUCUCGUCGAUCGUGUCUGCCCGGACCCUCUGAAGGCAUUACUCGCGAAAGAAAAAAAACCCCGCUAGGGCAGUCUUGGUACAUAAAAAAAAAAAAAAAAAAAACAUCGCAAAAGUGUUGGCUCUUUUUACACGGAAGAAUGUGGAUUUACAAAAUAGUUUUUAGCCUCUUCAUUGUGGGUUGUUCAGAGGGCAAAAGCAGGAGGAAUGCAUUACAGGACUACCAGAGGAGCGACGACGUCCUAUUGGUGGUCCUCUCCGGUGACCCUUCUUUCCCAACUAAAACCAGGAAGUUGAGCUUGGUCAAGUGUGCCAAGGGCUGCAGCCGAAACAAGAGGAUGUCCUUCCCCUGCAGAGCGUUCCUCUACGAUCAUAAAAACAGGAAAUGCCAAUGGCUCUCCUUCGACAGGAACUCACCAGGAGUCCAGAGCCAACAGGACUUCAACUACCAACUGUACCAGAAGAAAGACUACGUGCAGGAGUGUGUGGUGGGGGCGGGGCUCGGCUACAAGGGUCGGACGUCAGUGACAGUGAGCGGAGUCAAGUGCCAAGCAUGGGCCUCUCCCAUCCCCCAUGAACACAACUUCCUUCCCAGGAGGAACAAGAAGAAGGACUUGCGAGAGAACUUCUGCCGUAACCCUGACAACUCCAGCUCUGGACCCUGGUGCUUCACCUCUGACCCCAGUCUGAGACAUCAGCGGUGUGGAAUACCUCAGUGCUCCCAGGUGGAGUGCGUGAGCUGUAAUGGGGAGAGCUACAGAGGGCCGAUGGACCACACAGAGAGCGGACGAGAGUGUCAGCGUUGGGACCUCCAGGAGCGCCACAAACACCUUUUCCACCCCAAGAGGUAUCCUGACAAAGGCCUGGAUGAUAACUACUGUAGGAACCCUGAUGGACGGCAUAGGCCCUGGUGCUUCACUCUGGACCCGCACAUGCCCUGGGAGUACUGCAACAUCAGGGCCUGUGACCUAGACGUCAUCCCUCAGGUGGAGGUGACCACCAAGUGCUUCCGUGGUCGAGGGGACGGGUACAGGGGCACGGUGGGCGUGACGCCGAGCGGAGUGACAUGUCAACGCUGGGACUCCCAGUACCCCCACAACCACACCUACACACCCCAAGACUACCGCUGCAAAGAUCUGAGAGAGAACUACUGUCGGAACCCCGAUGGACAAGAUCUCCCAUGGUGCUUCACUUCCGACCCUAACAUCAGGACAGCGUUCUGUACCAACAUACCCCGCUGUGACACCAAGAGCAUCCAGCCUGAUGACUGCUAUGAGGGGAGAGGAGAGAGCUACAGAGGGGAGACCUCCAGGACCAGAUCAGGCCUGUCCUGUGCUCCAUGGAGAGACCACAGCAGCAGAGGGGAAAGAGAUGCUGCUCCGUUGAUUGCAAGCAAGGAUGGAAGCUUCUGCAGGAACCCAGAUAAAGACCAGCAUGGGCCCUGGUGCUACACCAACAGCUCUGCCCUCUCCUGGGACUACUGCAUGGUCAAACCAUGUGAAUCAUCCCAGAACAGCAUCCCUCCUCUGGGGGAGGUGUCCACCGUGUCCUGCUUCAUCCACAAGAGGACCCGGAUCGUGGGCGGAGCUCCCGUGGCCAUCGCUGACGGCAGCUGGAUGGUCAGCAUACAGAAAGGGGGCUCUCACUGGUGCGGAGGCUCCCUCAUACGAGAGCAGUGGGUGCUCACCGACAGACAGUGCUUCGCCUCAUGUAUCCCUGAUAUCAGUGAAUACCGUGUAUGGCUGGGCGUGUCCGACCUCAGCGAGGCAGGCCCUGAUAGGUCCAAGAGACAGGAAGUACGCAUCGCUCAUGUGGUCUGUGGUCCGGAGGGCUCCAACCUGGCCCUCAUUCGGCUGGCCAAGCCGGCGCUUCCUGCAGACAAGGUCCACACCAUUCAGCUGCCUGUGGCUGGCUGCUCCAUCUCCGAAGGGGCGAUCUGUAGCAUGUACGGAUGGGGAGAAACCAAAGGGACGGGCCACGAGGGAGUGUUGAAGGAGGUUUACCUGCCUGUGGUCGGUAACGAGAGGUGCAGACAGCAGCACAGGGGCAGUAUGCACAUCAACCACUCCCGGAUCUGCGCCGGGGGCAACAGGGACGAGGGGGUGUGUGAGAGGGACUACGGGGGCCCCUUGGUAUGUCUGGACGGCGAGAGCAGGGUGAUUGUGGGCGUGAGCGUCAACGGGCGAGGCUGUGCCCGCGCCAACCGACCGGGCAUCUUCAUCAACGUGCCCUUUUAUACCCAGUGGAUCUACAAGGUCUUCAAGUACUACCCUGACCCUCUGGAGAUCAACUAGAGACAAGAACCUGGCGACUAACAAGAACCCACAACCAUGACACUAAAACGCAACCCUGUGACCGACCGCAUCCAAGAGACUGUACCUAGCCACGACAAUAAACCCAGCAAUGAGACUAAGUACGGCUAUGACACCAAACCCAGCCAUGUGACUAAACCCAGCCACAACAUUUAACCCAGCCCAGACGACUAAAUCCACAAUCACAAAACUAAACCUAAAUUCAACCAUGACACUAAACCCAACCAAAUCCUCGACCCAACCAACAAAAAGUAUCCAUAACUCCUAUCAGUGAAGUAUGGCUCAUACACAGACACCUAGGUGAACAUGUAGGCUGAGAUGUUAAACUGUAGCAGCAAGUUCUAGCAGGCUUGCAGUGGGGCCAGGCCCACCUAAAUGCAAAAACUGUGGUUUGAGGAAAAAGGUUGAGGUUCUGAAGACACCCUGGACUGUCAAGUAAACCUGUUGUGGACAUGUCCUCUCGGCUAAUAAUCUGCCCCCCCCCCCCCCCUCCCAUCCUUCAUUCAAUGCAACAGGUCUGUUGGAGGGGGGUGUGUGAAAACUCUCUGAUUCCUGACAUUACUUGAAUGUA